AUGACACCGUUUCAAGCACUAUACGGCUACCCACCACCCCAGUUAUUAUCCUAUAUACCCGGGACAUCCUCAAAGCAGACCGUGGACCAGACACUCCAGAACAGAGAUCAAAUUCUAAAGCUAUUAAAGGAAAAUCUUGAAAGCGCACGGAACAGGAUGAAAAUACAAGCUGAUAAACACAGAACCGAGAGAAAGUUUGAAGAGGGGGAUUUGGUAUACCUCCGGUUGCAGUCGUACCGCCAAAAAUCAGUGAUCCACCGCCGCAAUAUGAAGCUCUCCCCCCGCUAUUAUGGGCCUUUCCAAGUGGAAAAGAAAAUAGGGGAGGUCGCGUACUGUCUCAAGUUGCCAGAAUCCUCUCGGAUCCACCCCACAUUCCACGUUUCAUGUCUAAAAAAGAAGGUGGGGGAUUCGGUUCAGCCCUUAGUGACUCUACCACCUGUCGACAGGAACAGAGAAGUUCAGCCUGAGCCCGAAUCAGUUGCAGAUCGACGGAUGAAGAAAGAAGGGAACCGAUGCAUCACUGAGAUAUUGGUGAAAUGGAAGGGAUUAACCGAAGAGGAGAACACGUGGGAGAAGCUGUGGAAGCUUCAGCAGCUCUAUCCCCACCUUGUGGGCAAGGUGCUCUAA